AUAUUAACCAAAACGUAUGUUAUUCGCGUUUCUUUUGUCGAUGAGUAUAUAUUGGUUUGCCCACAGCCACUACACCGACCCCUGCCACUUCCUGAACUUCUUCAAUCCACGGGGUACCUGUCCGCCCCAGCUGACUGCCAACGGCCUCCCCUGCACCUGUCCCUUCAACCCCGACAAGCUCCAACUGCCCCCUUCCAAGUUCACCGUCACCAGCAUCAGAGAUACCUGGAAAUUCUUGGCUGACGGAGAGUACCACGUAAAACUCACCCUGAAUGACAAGACCACUCAACAACUUCGUGGUUGUGUUGAGACGUACAUCGUAAUCGCAGUGUGAUACCAAAUCAAAUACAUAUACAUUUUUAUUUGAUGAUAGAAAA